AAUGAUUUCAGAAUUGAAUGAGUUUGAUUCUUACACUGCCUUCUCGAGCCGGGUUCGUGGAUUUGAGGCUCAGACUAGGAUGAAAGGGGAUCAGCAAAAUAUCGGCGACAUUGACGAAUAUUUAAGGGGUGUCAUGCAAGGUCAUGACCUGGAGAUAAAGCUGAAGAUCCUCUGCGCAUGCGUUGAAAAUUCUAGAACCCUCAAAGCACAUGCUGCAUUGAAGAGCAGAGAUAUCCUUGAUUUGUGCGCAGAGUUCUUUAUAGCUAACAAAGGUGUUAGCCCUGAGUCUACCAGCAGCAUCUAUGUUAUAAAGCUUGUAGGAUUGAUGCAUACUGACACUGCUGAAAUCCAUGAGUCUGAAUCCUCGAGAUUUGUGACCCAUCUACUAACUAUCAUGAAUAGUGAGAGAAUCAAGUCAGAAACUGGACUUCUCUGUGGAAACGCAGUUAUACUUGUAAUGCUGAAGAUUAUCUCAAGAGAAAUGUUUGCAGAUGAGCUCAAAAAGAUUCUCAUCAGUAAUUCAAAGGAGUUUAGCACUAUGUGUAUUCUAACUGGACUCUUCAGUGUUGGGAAGAAAGAGCUCUUUCUUUCCAAAGAAACCUCCUGUGAAGAUGUGGAUACAAUGCCUCUAGACAUGGAGCUUGUGAACAAUCUUCUGUUUUCACAUUUGGAGAGUAUUCUUAAACUCUGCUAUUCAACUUCUAGUCUUACUUAUCAGAACUUCAGCCUCCUUGGUCUUUGGAGCACAGCUGCUAAGGAAGUGUCUAUGUUGAGUGGUACUGCAGAUAAACUUGAUAUCUCGACUAGCCUAGUCCACCGUAUUAUCCAAAUAUGUCAAGGAAACUUUGAGAACCAAGCCAAAGGUGUUUCCGACCUCUGCAAGAAUAUAUACAGAGAUGCUUUGUUUGUUGUGGAGAAGGCUUGUGGUCCUGAAUAUAAUAGAUUUAUCAAAGAUCUAAUUUCAACUGUCAUGAACACAAAGUGGUCAAACAAGGCUAAAUACUUUCAAUUAUCUGCACUAGUUCCGAUCCUGGGAGUUGAGAAAACAGUUGAACUAUAUCCUAAAUUUGGAGAUGGUUUGGUUAUUUCGUUAAGAUCAAAUCAUCUCACACAUGCAGGUGCAGAUGUGUACAAAAUAUUCCUAAGUAAUGAAGAGUUGUGGGAGCAGAAUUUUGCCAAGGUUCUUGCAGACUCACUUAUCUCGUCCGACCAGAUAACUAGACAAAAUGCUAGGGAUCACUGGUUGCCUGCGACAUUAAAAAUAAUUCCAAACGCUUCCAAAAUGCUUAAUAAGUAUCUUAAAGAGCUGGCUGAUUCCUUUCAGGCAUUUGUUCUUGUUCAGUUGGAUAUCUUAAAGAUAUCCAAGAAGCUUGGAAGCAUAGAAACUCUUGAUAAGGAACAAGAGUGUCAUUUAAAUGCUGGUUUGGUUCAUCCAAGCCCUGAUGUAAGAGCAGCUUCAUUUUCACUUGUAUGUGAAACUAAAAAACGUGGGACUCCUCCCAGUGCUACAGAAAUGAACAGUCUUCUAGCUUUCUUCAGCCAAAGCAUUACUGAUGAUUCUCCAAAAUUCCGACAGUGUGUCUUGAGUGCCUUCAGUCUGUUGAUGAUUCGGUGCAGGGACUUUAGCUCUCAACAGCUUAGAAAAGAUGUCAAGGGAGGAUCUCAUUCUCCAGCUCUGAUUGAAAUGGUUCAGUUUCUGGACAAGCUGAUGAAACUUCUUGUUGAUAAUCUGUAUCCUGGUGGGAAUUAUCAGAGGAAGAUUCUCUCUCUUCACUUCCUCAAUAUCUUCAUUGAUAACUUUGUUAACUUCUCCAACUCUGGUGCUAACAAAUGUUCUGGUAAUGGCGACCCUGCUAAUUUUAUACAGUUUGCACACUCUAAUGAUCUACUCGUAUUCUUGAACAAUCGGGUUUUUCAGGUGGUUCUGUUAAAUGUUGAGGAUAGAAUGGGAGAUGUAAGAGAACUGAGUGGAAAUAUACUUAAACUUUUCACUCCUAGUCCAGGCAUACUACAGAAUGUUUAUGCAAGAGCGUUGAUGUUACUGAAGAGUCCCAAGGAUUGUGGGUAUGAGAGUGGAUGCACGCUUCUCAAACUGUACUGCUAUUGGUCUAAGGAUGAUGCUCCAGCCAAUCAAAGCUCAGAAUCUACACUAUCCAAUGAGAGCUCGGAAUCUGCACCAACCAAUGAGAGCAGAGGAAAUCAACUGUGUGAGAUGCUAUUGGCUAAGUACGAGACGAUGCUGGUUAAGAUUGAGACUGAUUUUCUAGCGGUUGUUCUGGAAGAUCCAAUGCAUGGGACUCUUUCAGGAUUGAAGGGGUUGUUGCUUGACAAGGAUUCUCUUGUACGACUGAAGUUUAAUCACCAUCAACUAGAAAGACUGCUGACAGCUCUGGAGAAGUCCACAAAGAAGAUGCUCAGUAUUCUUGGUGGAGAUGCGGAAGUAAUUCAGAAUCCGUCUUUUCACGAUACAGCCUGUUCUAUUAUUAGUAUCAUACAGCAGUCAGGAUUAGAUGGUGCAAAAGCUGUAGAGUCAGAGCAGCUUCUUCUUUCAGCAGUUUGGCACAAUAUUAAGGUGUGUGCUAAACUAGCUGGUGGAUUGGUAUACUACUCCCCGCUUCAUCAGGAGCCCCAGUCCAACUCCCCUGCCUUAUCAGUGGACUUUGUAAACAGAUGUGCAGACCUUUUGUUGAGAAUUCUCAUGGUUUGUCGUCAUAAAGGAGCAUUGGAGGGCACAGUGGAGGCUUUUGGUAUUCUAGCCUCUAAGCUAGUUCCCUCCAGUGAACCGGCCUAUUCAAAUAUUCCUAACACAAUCCUCCAGAGAGUAUUUGAUCAUAUCAGCACCGGAUCUGGUUCCUCUGUAACCCGUCGGUCAGCUGGUUUACCUGGCCUUGUUCAAGCUGUAGUGGCAGCUGAAUCUGCAACUAACAACGGGAAAUUGCUGAAGUAUGUUGUAGAUAAUCUGAUAAAUCUCUCAUCUUCAAUGGAAGACAACGAGAUUAACGAUUCUACAGCAGGACAGGCCCUUCAUAUACUGCGCGGAGUAGUCCAGGAUGCUAAUGUAGCAAGAUGCCUUGGUCCUCAUAUUCAACCUAUCAUGCAAACAUGCUUAGACAGUUUUACCAGUAUGAACUGGAGUGUCAGGAAUGCAGGAUUGCAACUGUUUGGAUCACUUUGCCCCAGGAUUCUUGGUCAGAAGAAACUUCGUGCAGAGGCUUCAGAGCAUAACAAGAUAAAACUGAGUGAAUUGAAUACAAGGUUCCCAGGUUUAUUAAACAUUCUUCUAACCAACCUGGAUACUUCAGCUCAACAGAAAACUUCAUUAGUUUGCCCUUCUGUGGUUCCUAUUCUGACUUUACUGUCCAGGCUAGAACAAGAUCAGCUGAGUGAUCAGUCUAGGGAUCAGUCUAGGGAUCAGUCUAGGGAUCAGUCAAGGGAUCAGUCUAGGGAUCAGUCAAGGGAUCAUCUGAUGGAUCAGUUUAAACAGAGAAUCUGCGUUUCUGUCGGAUGCUUUUUAAGUUCUCCCGCUCUUCAAGUCCGACAUCUAGCAGGAAGAAUACUAGCAGAGUUCCAAUCCAGCUCCUUCCUGGCCACACUAAAGCUGGCAACCAAGGAGCUCAACACAAAUCGGCAGCACGGACUUCUUCUCAUCCUGAAGAAUAUGUCGGCGCUGUCAACAGCUGAGGAUAUGACAGCUGACAGCAGGACAUCUAUUGAGCAGCUGUUAAAUGAGUUGUAUGCUGGAAGUAAUUGUUAUGUGAUAAAGAUGAUUUGUUUUGAUAUUCAGGAAGCCCUUGGGGCUAGGAGACAGGUUGAGAUAAAACUAGGAGAAGAAUAUCAUCCAGGAUACCAUGAGCAUGCUGAUCAAGGAGAUCAAGAUCAAAAAGAUGAUGAUCAAGAUCAAGAAGAUCAGGAUGGAGAAGAUCAGGCUCCUAACCGGAGACCCACUGGAGAUCAGAAAGUAUUGGCUCGUCUUCAAUGGAUUUUAAACGAUCCUCAGCGACUGAAAAAGGCUGAUAAGCUGGUGCCUAAUUUUCUGGCCCAUAUGUUCUCCACGGACGGAAGAAUUGCGCGCGCUGUACUCGAUAUAUUUAACUCUAAAUACUGGAUAGAGGGAAAGCUGAUCGAUGAACCUGAUCAAGCACUAGAGCUGCUGCCAAUUAUUGUCGCCGAGAGAGAGAAAAGUCCAUUGAUUCUUGGGAGUAGUACACAGCUUAAGGAUAUGCUUCUUAUAUCCAACUGUUUAAAUGCAAUGCUGAUUCAGGACGACUGGGCCUGGUUUUUUGGUGAUAUGAGUGAAUAUGUUCCAAUCUUUGUUCAGAAUUCUGAAAAUAUUCUUCAGUUUUCUUCUCCUAGUUGUGUUGAAGAUAGUAGGUUGAGUGCGGCUGCUUGUUUGACAGCAUUGGCACCCUGUAUGAAGCAUCGCAGCAUUAGAGGAAGUAUGACACCAAUUCUUCAAUAUGGAUUUAUGAAUCUCAUUCAUGCUGCCCUAACUCUGCUACAGGAUGAGGACGUGGAAGUAAGGAAUGCCGCAACAAAUUUUGCUGCUCAGAUAAAACGUUCCCAAUUGAUAUCACAACACGAAGAAAUUAACACGUCAUUAGGAAUUGAAAAUGUGAUCUAUUAUGGAUUGAGAGAAUUGACCGAGAUUAUUGAAAUAUUUUCUCCGAUUAACAAGCUUGUUAACAUUUCUCGACUCAGUUAUAACCCGGAGGAUUACAAGUUCACGACUCAUGUUCUAUUUAAGAAAGGAGAUGGAAUUAACGUUUACUCGGAACCAGUUCUUCUAUUGAAAACUACAUACACUUGUAUCAGAAAACAUAUCGAUGAGACUGGAGACUUAAAUAUCAGAUUGACGAUUUCUGAGAUCGUUAGUGUAGCAGAACCCUUCAUUCAAGCUCUAGAAUCUGAGGAACUGACUGUUUAUCCCGGAUACUUCACUACUCCUGGAUUUGAGGGGUUGCUGACAUUGUACAUUCUUCUUCGUAGUUCUUUUAUUCCAGGAUUCUUGAAACACAGUGCAGAGACAGAUUCAGAUUUUGAGAAUGAGGAAGAGGAGAAGGAGAAUAAAAAGGAGAAGGAGAAUAUAAAGGAGAAGGAGAAGGAGAAGGAGAAGGAGGAUCUGGUUCAGGAUCUGCUGAAAAGAAUCGAAGUUUUUCUUCCUAAAAGUUUCCUAGAAUAAGUUGAAAAGUUUGACUUUCAUAGAGAUUGUAAAUUAUUAUUUGAUUGUGUUCAGAUUUUUUAAUCAAAAUUUGUAAAAUAUACUUUUUUUAAGAACAAA